AGAACAGACGAGAAACCAUGGAGCGCAACAAGACGCGUUGGAGAGCCUCACCAAGCGGACGGGAUGAGAGCCACUUUGUGAUCUGUUCGUAAGUCACUUUCAGGGACAGUCGGCAUAUUUUGUGUUCACCAGCAGGUGGACGUUGAGUCCCCCCCCCCCCCCUACCCCUACCCCUCCACCCCACCCCACCCAGCGUGCGUAAAUUGACCGGAGCGGUUUAUGAAAUACAAUAGACUUGGAGUGACCAGCAGCUCCCAAAAGAACGGGAGGAAAGGAGGAGUGGAAAAGGAGCCCGGAGGACCGACGAGUGCCCGCCGGAUAGAAAUGCUCUGCGGGUUGUUUUUACCACUCAUUCUGUCACGUUGUCUUCGGGACAUGUCGCCGGUGUGCGCUGCGUAACCCCCCCCCCCCCCCCACCCCCACCCCCACCCCCACCCCCACCGGACUGCUUUCAUGCCUCACGCCAUCAGGGGGAACAGUUACUUAUCUUCAAGGAAACUGUGAGCGCAGCUGAGCUUUUCACCAAGAAGGAGGCGCUGGGUUUAAAACCAUGGUGAAGUUUCACAACUCGGACCUAUGGAUAGCCUGGAUGGUCAUCUUCUGCAUGGAGGGUUCAAGGUUUGAUCUACACACGGGGAAAGUGUGCGUGCGGGCGCUGGAUGUGACCGUAUCCCAGAGCAGCGUCCAGGUGGCCCGCGGCCAAGCAGCCGUCCUGCCCUGCUCCUUCACCACCAGCGCUGCCCUCAACAACCUGAACAUCAUCUGGAUGGUGAUCCCACUCUCCAAUGCCAACAAGCCCGAGCAGGUGAUCAUUUACCAGGGCGGCCAGGUGUUCAGCCUCGCCGACCACCUCAUUGGCCGUGUGGGCUUCGUGGCCACCAUGCCAAGUAAAAGUGCCUCCAUCUUCAUCAACAACACCCAGCUGUCUGACACUGGGACCUACCAGUGCCUGGUCAACAACCUCCCGGACAGAGGGGGGCGCAACAUUGGCGUCAUUGGGCUCACCGUGUUGGUGCCCCCCUCGGUGCCGGCGUGUCGAAUCCAGGGCGCGCUGGAUGUCGGCAGUGACGUCAUGCUGAUCUGCAGCUCCGAGGAAGGCAUUCCCACGCCGUCCUACUCCUGGGAGAAGCUGGACGCGCUGCCCAAGCUGCCGCACAACGCCAUGCAAGACCAGAUGCAGGGCACUGUAACAAUGAGAAACAUCAGCACCAGCACCUCAGGACUCUACCAAUGUACCUCCAGCAAUGCUAUUGGCAAGAGCACCUGUCUGCUCAACCUGCAGGUGGUGGCACCCCAGCCUCAAAGCGUGGGUCUGAUAGCGGGCACCAUCGCUACCGGAGUGUUAGCCGUCAUCAUCUGCUCCCUGUUAGUGGUGGUCACGCUCUUCUACUGGAAGAACAAGAACAAAUACGACGAGGAGGAGAUCCCCAAUGAGAUCAGAGAAGAUGACCUUCCUCCCAAGAGGUCAUCGUCGGCGAAGGCUUUCCACGCGGACGCGUCGUCCUCGGAGAACGACACGCUGACGUCCACCAACACGUACAACAGCCGCUACUGGCACAACCCCAAACCCAACUACGACACCAACUCCUACACGCGCUACAACGGAGACACGCGCCAGACCUUCUCCGCCGCUGCGCACGGCGCGCCGCACGCUCACGGACAGGCCCAGAACGCGGCGCACGGCCACGGCCACGGCCACGGUACAGUGUCCACGGCACCGGGCUCGGCUCCGCUGACCCGUCACGCGCAGCAGCAGCAGCAGCAGCAGCCGACGACGAUGACGACGUCGUUCGCCAACGGCAGCCACACGCUGCCGCCGCCCAAGACUCUGGUGGUCACCACGAACUCUGCGCCGUCCCCGACCGCCAUGGUGCGCAGCAACGGCUCCGUGAGCCUCAAGCCGGCGGUGACGUCCGCGCACGGGCAGCACACGCACUCCUACGCGGUGAGCCAGGCCACGCUGGAGCGGAUGGGGGCGGUGCCCGUGAUGGUGCCCGCCCAGAACAGAGCAGGCUCGCUGGUGUGAACUCAACCCAUCUGAAAACGAGACUAAAAUGAUGGUUUUUGGAAGUUUGAAACCCACUGAUAUUAAAAAAAAAUGACCGAAUAUGGGCUGAAGCAGCCCGCUGCCCUUUACAACUGUGUCUUGUCUUGACCUCUUUAUCUAAAAAAAAAAAAAACUGGGAUUUAACAGUGCAGAGUUCAUUUAAUGCCAAUUCCUUGAUGUAUGGGACCCUUCAUGUAGUAGACGAGCGCUGCAUGGAAUAUGAACAUCCACUUAUUGGAUGGAUUUUCCUGGCGGAUGGAUUUUUUUCAGUCACUCGGAUGAAUUUUUACAAAAGUUGUCGUGAAAUUUCCUGCACCACCUGGAUCCCCCUCUCCCCCCAGAUAUAUUUUUUUCCAAGGCUGCAUCAUUUUUGUUGUUGUUUUUUGUUUGUUUGUUGGACUCAAAGCAAACACAAGGCAUUGUCACCUCGUGUGUGUGUGUGUGUCCAUAUACUGCAUGGUCAGAGAGAAGCGGGCUGCGAUCCCCCACAUAAAAUGCAUGUGUCUCUCGUUUUAGGAAUAACAAAACGACAUCAGUAUUAUUUUCUAAUAAUUUCUUUGGAGAGUUGAUUGUGAUGGAUUGUGCAUUGAAAUCGUGAAUGCUUCCAAGCUGAAGGAUGAAAGUAUUAGAAUGAAAUGAUGUGAAAUGGCCUUAGAAGCUUCGGGAGAGGGGUUUUAAUUGGGGGUGUAAUACAUUGCGUAAUAUACUUUACUUUAUUGAAAGACAGCAUUUUAAUAUCAAAACUGCUGUCGUGUGAACAAUAACUUAACGAUGACACGAUUUAACCCAUACUUCAUAUAUAUCGACUCUUUUCUGCUGUGAUAUUUGAAGAUAGCACAUGCACUGGAUUCUCACUCAUUCAUAAUUUAACCUGCGAGAUGGAUAUUGUCGUAAUGUUUGCUGUGUUCGUCCUCGCCCCCGUUGUCCUAAUUUGGUUCAUGACACAUCAGUGCUGCUUUCAGAAGACAUGGAUGAGAAGAUGUCUUAUUCAAUAAAUGCUUUAUAAUGGGGGGAAAAAUAUAUAUAUAUAUAUAUAUAUAUUAUAUAUUUAAAGAUGAUUUUCUUCCCUUUGACACGUGCUUUCACCUAUCGGUUUCUACUGUACAUAUUUUAACUGCAAACGUAGGCUAGAUUGUGAAUCAAAGAAAAUACACGACGUGUCCGACCGAUACAUAUUCUACAACUCACGUGUCUUAAUUUUAAAAAUGGUUCUUGUUAGACAACAAGCUGGUUUUAAUAGUCAGUGUUAUUAGUUUCAAUGAAGGGAUGUUUUUUUUUUAAAGUUUUCAUUUUGCCAUUUCAUCACGACGUCUGAGGUAAAUUAUGGUUGAACAUGAACGGCCAUAUGUUUAACUUUAAAUAAUAAGACAGCUCCGCUGUAUUAAGGUACAACGUUUCACUCUGUUUCUGACUUUAUGUAUUUUUCUAUUUUAACCAAAUCUCACCGACCUGUUACAGAACUGUUACAGUGUUCCCACAUUUCUCAAUCCUCAUUUCUCACUGUGCAUUUCCUCAAUGCCCAAAUACUAAUAAUUUGUUGUAGCUAUGAUGCAAUAUUUAAUGCAGCUCUUUUUUUUGUUCUCUUUUCUGUUUGACAUGCAAUAUUGGAAAGUGUGUUUUAUUCCUCUUUGCACAUGCGAUUUAAUUGAAUGUGCUUUUUUUUUUUUUGCCAUUUAAAUAUAUAAUGAACACAAAUUCAUGCGCUAACAUUUACAAACAAAUGUGCUCCAGCUUUAACACAUAUAAUCUCUUGAUUUAUAUUGGGAAAUUUUUUUUUUAAAUUUAUAUUAUUUAGUCCAGCUGACUUUAGAAAACACCUUUUUUUAUGUGGGAACUAUUACAUUUAAUUAUGUUUUCAUACCAUUUCAUAGUAGGUGUUAUAUUACACUCAAAUACUUAAUUAAUGAAUUAAUACAUUUAAGAAAAUUGGUCGGCAGCUACUUUGGAGUGGUAUUAGUGCAUUAUUUUAGACUGGAAUAAUAAAUAAACAUCCCAACACAUAUUUGGCUCAAGUUAUUAAUGCACACUAGCCAAGGUGAUGUACUUUUUGUUUUAUUGCUGUCAUCCUUUAUUGUAAUUCACACAUUUAUGGAGUCACACAAAAGAGUCAACCCAUCAUCCAUCACAGUGAUGUGGGCCAGAUGUUUACACGCGCCUGGUUCUCCUUCUUCUUUUUUUUUUUUGUUGCCUCGGAGUCAUAAUUUAGAUGGCUCGUAGUUUUAUUAUCUGCAUUUUUUUAAAAUUUUUUAUUUAUUCACUAUCAGUUACUACAACAUAUAUCAGUCCAAUUCAAUCACAAAUAUGUUUCUUCAUCUGUGUACAUUUGACCCCGGUACUGCUCAGUAUUAUUCCACAUUUAUCCGACGUGUUUCUUCUUUGUUUUUGUUUUUUGUUUUUGUCUCGAGGCUGUCUACACACACACAC